AUGGCCGACGCCACCAGCGAAGACAAGGCCCCUCGCUACUGGGUCUCACCCGGAGGGGCUGUGGCUCUGGUGUCCCCAGAAGGGCCCAUCGAUUUCGAGCGAAUUACCCCGUCCGUGCUGGAAGAAAUACGGGACUACGACUGGCUGAGGGGAGGACACCAUGAAGGAAGAGGUCCGAGACCGCCCGACUCCGAAGCGGCCGAGACUUCAAUGGAGGAAUGGUCCACGAAGGCUUGGUGGUUUUCCGGACCCGAACCCUGGAUUGCGUUCGUGCCAGCGUUGACGGGCCUCUGGAGAAUGCAGUGGAACGUAAGCUGGAUAUACGAGGGACCGAAAGCCUCGCUGGCCCACCUGGAGGAAGUCGAGACGGCCGACGGGGGGAAAUAUUGGACGCUAGCUCGGGAUCUAGAAAAGGACCUACGCGAAGACUACGAAGGCUUACAGGAUGCCAUCCUCCUGUUCGUGGAUCGCUAUGCUCGGGAGAAGCUAGGUGACCGAGUCCCCCGUCGCUCGUACGAAGCUAUACGAGGGAGCGACAUAAACGAAGCGUGUUGGAAAUGGGCCAAGGCCUGUACUGAAAUCCUGACUUCUUUAGGGUUCCUAAGGAUGGCCCUGCUGACGUUCGGGCCUGACAAGUUCGAGGAUUUCUUCGCGGAGGGCCUGGCCGUCCGUCUGAGACGAUUGCGGGUCGACGACUUCGGAGGGCCAGUCAAGGGUGCCGUGUUCGACCUGCACUCCGCGCGUAACGCCGUCAAAUAUAGCGACACGCCCACCUUCUCUUCCUACGCCUUCGAAAAGCUGCGAGAGCUCGGGUCGACGAGCGUGUACCUCUAUCCCCUCGAAGCGGAAGCCGAUCCCCGCGACUUACACUUAGACCCUCGGCGAUUGGGAGCGAAGAGGCAGGUCCAGGGAGUCCCGGAAGCGGUAGCCCAAGCCCAACGCGCGCGUGUAGGGGUUCAGGGGCGUCUAACCCUCCAUCUGAAAAAACCCAAAUUUAUAUAG